AUGGAAUCGUCCGGAAAUUUAAAAACGACCAUAAAGGAGGCAGUCCUGAGCAGUUUGAACAGACUAUACGAAAUCGUGGACCUCCUAAACGACUCAAGACUGUCACUCAAGAAUAAUUUGGAAAUAAUAAUAGCCAACCGGGCAAAAGAAAAAGAACAGACGCAAGAAACAUCCACAACUGCACAUAUCCUCAAAGUUCUGGAGGCAAUUAGAGAUCAAAACCUCAUCUCGAAAACAACCCAAGCAGCCCUAUUACUAAUAACAGAGGAAAUGCAGACAAUAAAGGACCAACAAGCUGUACAACUCAAAACACUAGAGAUCUCGUGUAAAGCCCCAGCUAAACUGGUGGAAGCAGCAGAAGAACAGAACAGCAUUAGUGAGCAGACCCGACAAACUCUUCAAUCCCUGACGGAAGAA